UCCAGAAUAGGAUGGCAGAAUUCAAAAAGGAGAUGAGAAGAGCAUAGUGGAGGACGUUUGUGUGCGGAACUUUAAAAAGGAAAAAAAAAAAGAAGAAGAAGAAGGGCUGGAGAAGACUUUUGUGCCGAGCUUCACUUUGCACACUCGGACCGGAGCUGACAAUGAGGAUGGGCAUGGUAAAUCUCUUCCCCUCACUCCUCUCUCACCUCUCAGGGAGCAGGAACGCAGAUGGGUCAGUCAGGACAGGCGUCCGAGACAGAGCCUCUGAUUUCUCGACUUCCACUCGGGACCGAUGGAGGACAGAGUUUUCCCCCGAGCUGCUGACAUGCAUUCAGAGGCCUGUGAGAUGUGGACUGGCUCGCCUUCGGGGGAAAUCUGAGACCUUGAAUGAGCCGCGGGACACAGCGCCCUCUAGCCACAUCCCAUGUCACAGCCUUCCCCGAAUUAUGGAAAUUUUGUGGAAGACGCUGACGUGGACACUGAGCCUAGUGGUGAUGGCAGCUUCGGAAUUUCAAAGACUUUCGCACAGCUCUCAAGAGGAGUUCCUGUCUUACCUGCAGCACUACCAGCUGACGGUCCCGGUGCGCGUGGACGAGAACGGGAACUUCCUGAGCUACACCGUGAAGCACCAGCGGCCGGGCCGCUGGAGACGCGCGCUGGCGGACCCCGCCGCCGACCCGCCGGGCUCCCGGAUCUUCUACAGGCUGUCGGCGUACGGGAAGCACUUCCACCUGAACCUGACGCUUAACCCCAACCUGGUGUCGAAGCAUUUCAUGGUGGAGUACUGGGGCAAAGAGGGGCCCGAGUGGCGUCACGACGUGCUGGACCACUGCCACUACGUCGGCUCCCUGCGAAGCCAGCACAGCACGACCCGAGUGGCGCUCAGCAACUGCAAGGGCCUGCACGGCGUCAUAACAACAGAGGAAGAACAGUAUUUAAUAGAGCCUUUAAAGAACACGUCCUCCGCCACCUCCAGUGAACAGAACCUGGACGGAGCUCAGCAACAUGUUAUUUAUAAAACGUCUGCCAUCCCCUCGCCGCAAGAGCAAAGCCAGGAGUUCAGCUGUGGCAUUUCAGACCUCACUAAAAGUAACGCACCUUGCCAGUUUAGCACACCCUCCCUUAUCCACCUGUCCCCCGUCCCUCAAAAUGCCAGCCAGCAGCCGGCCGGUGCUCACAGGCGCCGGAGGUCCAUCAGCUCAGAGCGCUUCGUGGAGACGCUCGUGGUCGCCGACAAGAUGAUGGUUGGCUACCAUGGACGCAAAGACAUAGAGCACUACAUCCUGUCUGUGAUGAAUAUUGUUGCCAAACUGUACCGUGAUUCCAGCCUGGGAAAUGUUGUGAACAUUAUUGUGACCCGUCUAAUUGUUCUCACGGAGGACCAGCCAAACCUGGAAAUUAAUCAUCAUGCUGACAAGUCUCUGGACAGUUUCUGUAAGUGGCAAAGGUCCAUCCUGUCUCAUCACAGCAGCGGGAACAGCAUUCCCGAGAACGGAAUGGCUCAUCACGACAACGCCGUCCUAAUCACCCGAUAUGACAUCUGCACCUACAAGAACAAACCCUGUGGGACUUUAGGCUUGGCCUCUGUGGCUGGAAUGUGUGAGCCGGAGAGAAGCUGCAGCAUCAAUGAAGACAUCGGCCUUGGCUCGGCUUUCACCAUCGCACACGAGAUAGGCCACAACUUCGGAAUGAACCACGACGGCAUCGGCAACUCCUGCGGCACCAAGGGCCACGAGACGGCCAAGCUGAUGGCCGCUCACAUAACGGCCAACACCAACCCGUUCUCCUGGUCCUCCUGCAGCAAAGACUACAUCACCAGCUUUCUCGACUCAGGUCGGGGAACGUGUCUGGACAACGAGCCUCCAAAACGAGAUUUCCUGUAUCCGACCGUGGCCCCGGGGCAGCUGUACGACGCCGACGAGCAGUGUCGCUUCCAGUACGGAACCUCCUCGCGUCAGUGCAAGUAUGGGGAAGUGUGUAGAGAGCUCUGGUGCCUUAGCAAAAGCAACCGCUGUGUAACUAACAGUAUCCCGGCUGCAGAGGGGACUCUGUGCCAGACUGGCAGCAUUGAGAAAGGGUGGUGUUACCAGGGAGAAUGCGUCGCGUUCGGCUCCCGGCCCGAGAGCGCGGACGGCGGCUGGGGGCCGUGGUCCUUGUGGGGAGAGUGCAGCCGGACCUGCGGAGGCGGCGUUUCUUCCUCCAUGAGGCACUGUGACAGCCCAGCCCCGUCUGGAGGAGGAAAGUACUGUCUUGGAGAGAGAAAACGGUACAGAUCCUGUAACACAGACGCAUGCCCAGCUGGAUCUCAGGAUUUCAGGGAGAAGCAGUGCGCUGAUUUUGAUAACAUGCCUUUCCGUGGGAAGUAUUACAACUGGAAGCCUUACACUGGGGGUGGCGUGAAGCCCUGCGCGCUCAACUGCCUGGCGGAGGGCUAUAACUUCUACACGGAGCGCUCCCCUGCUGUCGUCGACGGCACCCGAUGUCAGGCUGACUCUCUGGACAUCUGCAUCAACGGCGAGUGUAAGCAUGUGGGCUGCGACAACAUCCUGGACUCAGUCGCAAGAGAAGACCGCUGCCGUGUGUGUGGAGGGGACGGCAGCACCUGUGAGGCCACCGAGGGGCUCUUCAACGACUCUCUGCCCAGAGGAGGCUACAUGGAGGUGGUUCAGAUCCCAAAAGGAUCGGUUCACAUCGAGAUCAGAGAAGUCGCCGUGUCAAAGAACUACAUAGCUCUAAAAUCCGAAGAGGACGAUUACUACAUCAACGGAGCUUGGACCAUCGACUGGCCCAGGAAGUUUGACAUUGCCGGGUCGGCCUUCCACUACAGGAGACCCACCGAUGAACCCGAGUCUCUGGAGGCACUGGGACCCACCACCGAAAACCUCUCCGUUAUGGUUCUCCUUCAAGAAGAGAACCUAGGAAUACGCUACAGGUUCAACGUUCCCAUCCAGCGGACAGGAAGCGAUGGCAACGAGGUGGGCUUCUCCUGGCACCACCCGCCCUGGUCCGAGUGCUCAGCUACCUGCGCUGGUGGCUCCCAGAAGCAGGAGGUGGUGUGUAAGAGGCUCGACGACAACUCGGUGGUGCAGAACAGCUACUGUGAGCCAGACAGCAAACCGCCAGAGAACCGGAGAGACUGCAACCCCGAGCCGUGUCCUCCAGAGUCCGUAACGUUUGAGCUUGUAAUGUCAGCUGGUUGGGUUUGGGUCACAUACACAAGGUGGUUUAUCGGUGACUGGUCAGAGUGUGGACAGACUUGUGAUGGUGGGACUCGGACCAGGACCGUCCUGUGCAUCAGGAAGAUUGGCCCCACUGAGGAGGAGACGCUGGAAGACACCUUCUGCCUGACUCACCGACCCAUUGAAAGAGAGUCCUGCAACAACCAGUCGUGCCCGCCGAAGUGGGUAACUCUGGAAUGGUCAGAGUGCACGCCAAAGUGUGGCCCCGGCUUCAAGCACCGCAUCGUCCUGUGCAAGAGCAACGACCUGACCAAAACCUUCCCGCCCACCACCUGCCCGAACCACAACAAGCCUCCGGUCCGAAUGCGCUGCAGCUCGGGACGCUGCCCUCCUCCUCGCUGGAUCCCUGGGGAUUGGGGACAGUGUUCAGCUCAGUGCGGCCUGGGUCAGCAGAUGAGGACGGUCACCUGCCUGUCCUACACUGGACAGAUGUCCAAUGAGUGUCCAGAUUCCCUCCGGCCCGCCACCAUGCAGCAGUGUGAGAGCAAGUGCGACGCCAUCCCAAACUCCAACAGCGACGAAUGCAAAGAUGUAAACAAAGUGGCUUACUGCCCGCUGGUGCUGAAGUUCAAGUUUUGCAGCCGAGGGUACUUCAGACAGAUGUGCUGCAAGACCUGCCAGGGGCACUGACCCUGGCGCAAAAGCAACGAGUAGUGAUAAAGAACGACAUGGUUACAAAGGCAAAGAAGAUGGAGGGAUAAAGCACUGAGCAGGAGGAAAAGUGGGGAAAAAAUAGGAGGGUUGAUAAAAGUGCUCAGUUCUCGAGUGUCGGAAGAAGAAGAGACCAGAGCUGCCGCCCGAAUGAAAACAAGAAAAGGCCUUCCCUGUUUGUCGGAGCCCUUCGUCCUGGUGGAAAUCAAACCACUGCUCAGCCCAAAGCGCUGAAAGAAACUCUUCCUUUUUUUCUUUUUUUUUUUCUCGUAUUUUUCGCUUCUGUGAAGUGGAAUUUAGAAGAUCAACUGUUGGAUGAUAUUAUUUUUAUUAUAAUAAUAAUCGGUGAUAUCAUCGUCAGUCUUCCUGCGUGUUUUGUUGUGGUGUAAAUCCGAAGGGCUGGACACAUCGCUCCACACACGACGUACCCACAAGACGAACACAAGAAAGAGGGGAGCCGCUCCGUUGGAUUCCCGCCUUUGAGAAGGUGCUGGGUUGACGUUUGGCUUUGGUGCACUUUUCCCAUGUAAAUACUCCAAUUUACAGUUCAGACAUAGUCGAGAACCCGUGUGUACUGUAUAUUUAUUGUACAACUCCAAACAGAGCGUCCUCGAAUGUCUCUGUCAAACAGUAGCUUACUGCCAUGGAAGGGAAUGUAAUGUGAUUGAGUUUAUAAUCAAUAACGUUGUGUGCUGGAAUGGAAUUAUACUGUAAUCCAUGUUAGAAUUGUGUAUACUGUACGGAUUUGUGUAUUAUAAAUGAUAUUAAUCUAAACCCACAAGCUAACACAUGGUUAUAGAAGCAUCCAUUACUUCUCGCCCAGACAGGUGCAUCAGCUGCACUCAGUAGGGCAGAAUUUCACAUUAACCCCAGAUAGACUGUCUGAAUUUGCCUGGACCGCGUGAAACAUUCCCAACAAGAAAAGAAGCCUUUUCUCAACUGCUAUUCAAUCAGAGCACAGCUCACGAGUGAGGGAUUCAUUUUGAGGAAGCGUUUGAAGCACCUUGUUCGUUUGACUAACGGUAUGGAUGUUAUUGUCUUACGCUGCAAAGAGACUUUGCAUGACUUUGGUUAGCAUGAAUUCAGAAUAGCAGACCCAGAGGCCAAAGCUAACACUCUGUCUGAGAGGGGACUGGAUGUCACAGAACGUCAGGUGAACAUUUAAGCUCUUAAUAAUUUUCCAUUCCGUGGCUAAUUAUUGGGAAGCUAACGAUUAUUUAAGUGGGAAAAUGAAGGAAGAGGUUGCGCGCCACCAAUAAUCUUCCUGCGUGAAACACAGUUCCUCUUAAAGUAAUCAUGUGAUAAACAUAAAGCGGAGUAAAAAGCAAGAAUAUUCACUGGGUUCCAGUGAACACACCAGUGUUUUUUACUCAAACAUCAUUGUGUCAGCCCCUUAGCUGUUAGGGUAUGAGUGGCUGACCCUAACAGGUAGCUGCGUCUGGUAAGAUAUAACAGAACUUAGCUUAAAAAAUGUUCAACUAUUGCUUUAAGUGGCUCCCUCUUUUCCUUGUCUUUGUCAGAAAGAAAGAAAAAAACAUUUCCAUUUUUUCUCAGUUUUUACUGGUGUUGUUUUCUUCUUCUUUUUUUUUUUUUUUAGCUUUUUCCUCCUAGUAGCCUCCAAGACUUGGAGCCUUCCCGGGCUUCUGGUGCUAUCGACAGGUGCUUCCAUUCAAACCCUUCCUCCAGUGUGCUAAAAAGUUAAAGUUUGAGCCAAAUAAGACAAGUUGAUACACUUGUUAAUAUCUCUGCUGGUAAAUGCUGGUCGUGUUUGAUUUAUUUUAUUUUUUUCUGUUUUCUUUGUACUUGUUUAUACCUCACACUGGGAACUUUUGCUAUUCAAAAAGGGUAACGGCUGUUCGUCCAAUCGACCAAAAUGGACGCUUGCCCGGAUGUAACAGGAUCUUUUCUAUCGAAGUGACAUUUCUGCCACUUUCACACCCUUUUCCCGGGUGGCGGUACUGGGGGACAAAUCUGAGCGCCAACACAGGAAGUGCAUGAAGACGUCUCUGAGGCUGUUAACUUGCUGCUGCUACGUUGUUUUUUUUAAAAUAUUUUUUGGUAGCCACCCUCCAUGUGACGAUGUCGAACAGUUUUUUAUUAGCCGCAGAAGCCUCAGCGAGGACGCUGAGAAGCAUUUUCUGCACGGACUGACCCAGCUGUGGGGAAAAGCAGCCAUCACAGGCCGAAGAUCUGAACUCAGUCUAGCUGGUACUCAUUGCUGUGAACCUGGAUGUCUGAAUGUCACGUUGCUCGUGUCUGUGCCUGAAAUCGCGAGAGACAUGAUAAGCGUCAUGUGAUUCAUUGCAUUUAUUUUAUAUUCAGUAUUAAUGUUGGUAAACUGUUACUACUUUUUUUUUUUUUCCGGAUGUUAAUAAUGUGCUAAUUUAUUGCUGUGUCUCACAUGUACAUUUAUUUCACUGCAUGCAAACUGAAAUUAAGCAUAGUGAAAAAAGUGCAGUGGUGCAGCUCUUCACCAUUUUGUAAGGGUUAGAAACAAUAAAGAGCUUUUACAGAGGG